AUGAAGUUUGACAGUGUAUUAGCGGAGGUGAAUGGCUUCGGGAGAUUCCAGUUACAGUUAAUAUUUUUUCUGGUAAUUCCUCGGCUAACGCUGCCGUCUCACUUUCUGCUAAAUAAUUUCAUUGCGGCUAUACCUCAGCACCACUGCAACAUCAGCUUUUUAGAUGAUGGAAGUAUUUGGGGGAAUUUAUCCACAGCGGGGAGGGUGAUAGUUACUAUUCCAGCCAAAGAUGACGGGACACCGAGCUCCUGUAAGAUGUUUUCAGAGCCCCAGUAUCAUCUGCUGCACAAUUAUACCAACAUUACUGACAUACCUACGGUGCCCUGUCAGAAUGGAUGGGUGUACAAUAACAGCACAUUCAAGUCUACUCUGGCAACUGAGUGGGAUCUGGUUUGUGAUGACAGAAAACUUAGCAGAGCCACCGUCACUAUCUUCUUCAUAGGGGUCAUGCUUGGAGCAGGAGUAUUUGGACACCUUAGUGACAGAUUAGGAAGGAAAAGAACACUUCUGUUGGCGUACGUCACAACCACUGUCUUUGGAUUUGCAAGUGCUUUUUCUCAGCACUUUGCCUUGUUUGUUGUCAUGAGAUUCUUCACCGGAGUUGGACUUUCUGGAAUCAGCAUAAUCACCAUUGUGCUGUGUAUCGAGUGGGUGGACAUCAAGCAUCGAACUGCAGUAGGGAUUCUGUUGAGUUUAGACUGGAGUAUUUUCUCAGCGAUGUUGCCUGUUGUGGCCUAUUAUGUGAAUGACUGGAGGAACCUUAUUAUUACAACAACCAGCCCACUGUGUCUGGCAAUCAUCUGUUGGUGGUGGAUCCCUGAUUCUGCUAGAUGGCUGAUAAGUAAUGGGAAGGUGGACAGUGCUCACUUCUACUUGACUAAAUGUGCACAAGUCAACGGCAGAGAACAGUUCAUGGCUGAUCUGAAGCCAGAGGUUCUGUCAAAAGUUAUACUUGUAGAAAAUGGAAACAGAAAAUACUCCUAUUUGGACCUUUUAAAGACGCCAAGAAUGAGGAGACUAGCUCUACUUACUGCCAUUGUGUGGUUUGGAGUUGCUUUUCCUUAUUAUGGAAUCAUUUUUAGCAUUAGUGGAUUUGGAAUAAACAUUUAUCUCACACAGUUCAUCUAUGGUGCUAUUGAGAUUCCAGCCAAAGGAUUUGCUUUCUUCACCGUGAACAAAGUGGGUCGAAGGUUGAGUCAGACUUCAUAUCUUGUUUUGACUGGACUGUGCAUAUUUUGCAACAUAUUUAUCCCACAAGAGCAAGGUGCAUUUCGAACAGCGGUAGCAUCUUUGGGAAAGAUGUUUUCAGAAUCAUCCUUUACAUGUGUGUUUCUGUACACAACAGAGCUUUAUCCCACAGUUCUGAGGCAAAAUGGACUGGGCUUCUGCUCCAUAAUGGCCCGUACAGGCACGUCCAUAGCGCCACUCAUCAUUCAUCUGGAGGAAUUUUGGGUCCAUCUACCUAGCACCAUUUUCUGCCUGGUAGCUUUUAUUGCAGGGCUUUCAGCUUCUUUUCUUUCAGAGACCAAAAAUAUUCGUCUACCAGAAACUAUUGAAGAUGUGGAACAGACGAGAAGACGAUCAAUCUGCACAGAAUUUGAGAAGACACACUUAAAAGCCAUCAUGAAGUUUGAAAACCUCCUCUCUGAUAUCAAUGGAUUUGGAAGAUUUCAGGUGAUGAUUAUUGUAAUCAGCUUCAUUGGUCGCUUCACGUUGCCUUGCCACUUCAUGCUGAACAACUUCAUCGCAGCUGUUCCCUCUCACCACUGCGAUGUCAGCUCUCUGGAUGACAGCGAAGUUUUCAGGAAUUUAUCGUGGGUAGAGAAACUUGCUGUUAGUAUCCCUGUCCAGAAGGAUGGGACCCUGAGCUCCUGUACAAUGUUUGCAGAGCCUCAGUAUCAUCUGCUCCUCAAUUCCACCAACGGUACUGACCUACCCACAGUGUCCUGUCAGAAUGGAUGGGUGUACGAUAACACCACCUUCAAGUCUACUCUGACUUCACAGUGGGACCUGGUGUGUGAUAAAAAGGGAAAAAACAAGGCAACUGUUACCAUCUUCUUUAUUGGAGUGAUGUUUGGAGCCAUGACUUUUGGGAGUCUGAGUGACAGGUAUGGCCGAAGGAUCAUGCUGUUGGUGUCGUAUGUAUUUGGGAUGCUGUUUGCGGUAGCAAGUGCCUUUUCUACAUCAUAUGUGAUGUUUGCAGUGCUGAGGUUCUUCACUGGAUUUUGUAUCACUGGCAUCGUCAUUGUCUCAGCAGUCCUCAGUGUGGAGUGGGUAAGCAUUGAGCACAGAAAACUGGUGGGUGUGAUUGACAGCUUGUCGUGGACCUUUGGAAACGCAGCCUUUGCGGGUAUUGCCUACCUGGUCAAUGAUUGGAGAUAUCUGACUGUGAGUGUAACCUCACCUCUAAUCUUGGCCAUUGUCACCUGGAGGUGGAUGCCAGAGUCAGCCAGGUGGCUUAUUGCCAAUGGAAAGCUGGAGCAAGCACACAAAUAUCUGAAAAAAUGUGCUAAAAUGAACCAAAGAAAGGAAUCAGUUCAUAUGCUUCAACCUGAGACAUUAUCCUGUAUAAUCUUGACGGAGAAAAGAGAUCGGCCCUAUUCCUACCUUGAUCUGAUACGAACACCCAAGAUGAGGAGACUGGCUUUACGUACUGGUACAGUAUGGUUUUGUGUGGCUACUGCAUUUUAUGGCAUCAGCUUCAACAUCACAGGCUUUGGGCUCAAUUUGUACCUUACACAGUUUACCUAUGCUGUAGUUGAGCUUCCAGCCAAAGGACUGGUUUACUUCUUAUUGGAUAAGAUAGGCAGACGAAGCACUGAGGUGGGCUCUCUACUGCUGGUUGGAGUUUGUCUUGGGAUUAACAUUUUAAUCCCUAGAGAUAUGUCUGUUAUCAGAACAGUCGUAGCAAUAAUUGGAAAAGGGUUUUCGUCGGCCUCCUUUGCAACUGUUGUACUGUACAACUCUGAGCUCUAUCCCACAGUAGUAAGGCAGAAUGGUAUGGGCUACAACUCCUUCAUGGCUCGACUGGGUGUAUCUCUGGCCCCUUUGAUCCUGUUGCUGGAGGAUGUCUGGAGAGAACUGCCCCAGGUCGUCCUGUGCUGUGUCGCUGUCCUGGGGGGGAUGGUGGCGAGGACUCUGCCGGAGACACGCAACAGGUGCCUCCCAGAGACCAUCGAAGAUAUUGAACAGCAGAAGUAG